UCCCGACAUGCUUUGCGGGUGAGCCAGAGGACACUGAGCGGUGAGAUUAUAGCGGAUUCUCUGUGUGGAAGAAAUCCAACAGCUUGAAGAUGUCUGAGACCGAGGAGAAGAUCAAGAACUACAGGACGGCUCCAUUCGAUGCCCGCUUCCCCAACACCAACCAGACCCGCAACUGUUUCCAGAACUAUCUGGAUUUCCACAGAUGUAACAAAGCUCUGUCUGCCAAAGACCAGGACGUAGCUCCCUGUGAGUGGUACAAGAGGGUCUACAACAGCCUCUGCCCCAUAAGCUGGGUUCAGAAAUGGGACGAGCAGGUGGAGGCGGGAAGUUUCCCUGGAAAGAUCUAAGCAGACACAUUCCUGUCUUCACCCUAAUCGUAUCUUAAUGUGAAUCAUCUGCUCUUUAUGUACAGAAGCAACUAAAUAAAUUAAAUUAUGUUACUGUGAA